AUGCCACGUAACGAUGAAGAAGCAAAAAAAGAAUUAAUUGAUGUUUGGAAUGAAAAUUGCGGUGGAAAUGAAAGCAAUUUAUCCGAACAACUUACUAAAGAGUAUAAUUGUUAUCUGAAUUUGCCUCAAUCAAAAGAUUCUAUUCUUCGUGUCUACCGUGGUCAAGCAAUUGCACUCGAUGAGUUGAAUCUGAUAAGAGAAAAUAAAGGUGAAUUCAUCUCAUUCAACAACUUUUUGUCAACAGGUACGAACAAAUCAACGGCUCUC